AUGGCUUUAUCAUUGUCUAGCUUCAUCAAUCCAAUAUCCGCUCUCCUCCUCUUUAUUCUACACGUCAACGCCGCCACCGUCACCUAUGAGUUCGAUAUAGGCUGGGUAUAUGCCAAUCCCGAUGGGAUGGCAAACCGCCCGGUGAUUGGCAUCAAUGGAAAAUGGCCUAUCCCAGUUAUCUCCGCCACCAUUGGUGACCGUAUCAUCGUCAACGCCAAAAACAGCCUUGGGAACGAGUCCACCAGUCUCCAUUUCCACGGCCUGUAUAUGAAUGGUACAACCCACAUGGACGGCCCCGUUGGAGUUACUCAGUGCGAGAUUGCUCCCGGCUCUUCGUUCACCUACAACUUCACUAUUGACCAACCCGGAACAUACUGGUAUCAUUCCCACGCCAGAGGACAAUACCCCGACGGUCUCCGGGGAGCGAUGGUCAUCCAUGACCCGGACUCCCCACUAAAGGGUAAGUACGAUGAGGAGGUUAUCGUCACUUUCUCGGAUUGGUAUCACGACCUGAUGAAUGUUCUGCUUGACGGCUUCAUCAGGUACUCCAAUCCGACUGGAGCAGAGCCUGUGCCCAAAUCGGCUCUCGUGAAUGAGACCCAGAAUCUGACGAUUUCCAUGGAGCCUGGGAAGACAUACCUCUUCCGCAUGAUUAACGUGGGUGCUUUUGCUGCCCAGUAUGUUUGGUUUGAGGGCCACACCAUGCAGGUUGUCGAAGUGGAUGGCAUUUAUACCCAGCCAGAAGACGCCGACAUGAUUUAUAUAACUGCUGCUCAACGAUACUCCGUGCUCAUUACCGCGAAGAACGAUACUGACGCGAACUAUGCUUUCAUGGGUAGCAUGGACCAGGUAUAUUCCACAAAAAUGGUCCAGGUAAAGUCAACGCUGACAACUACGCAGGACCUCUUCGAUACAAUCCCCGAAACGCUGAACCCUAAUGUUACCGGGUGGCUUGUGUACGACGACAAGAAAGAUCUCCCAGCGGCCGCCCCAAUUGAAAGUUUCGAUCCUUUUGACGAUUUUGUUUUGAUACCCCGGGAUGAGGAAAAGCUGUUCGAUACUGUAGAUUAUUCUUUUACCUUGGAUCUGAAGAUGGACAACCUUGGAGACGGCGCAAACUACGCAUUCUUCAACGACGUCACCUACGUCACCCCUAAAGUCCCCACCCUCUACUCCGCCCUCACCACCGGCGCCAACGCCACCAACCCGCUCGUUUACGGCGAGCACACAAACUCAUACAUCCUCAAGAAGGACGACAUCGUCGAAAUCGUCCUCAACAACAACGACCCGGGCAAACACCCCUUCCAUCUCCACGGCCACGCCUUCCAAGUCGUCGUGCGCUCCGAGGACGAAGCCGGGAACUACGAUCCCACCGCUCCACCCGCGAUGCCCAAGACGCCCAUGCGACGAGACACCGUGCUCGUACGGCCAGACGGGCACAUCGUGCUCCGCUUCAAAGCCGACAACCCCGGCGUCUGGCUGUUCCAUUGCCACAUCGAAUGGCACGUCUCCUCGGGCCUCAUCGCCACCAUGAUCGAAGCGCCCCUCUCGCUGCAAGACUCCCUCACCCUCCCCGCCGACCACCUCGCCGCCUGCAAAGCCGCCGACACGCCCAUCGCCGGCAACGCCGCCGGCAACACCAUCAACGUGCUCGACCUCAAGGGCCAGCCGCUGCCGCCGCCGCGCCUGCCGUCCGGCUUCACGGCCCGCGGCAUCGUCGCGCUGGUGUUCAGCGUCGUCGCCGCGUUCCUAGGCCUCGCGACGAUUGCGUGGUAUGGCGCGGCGCCGCUGAGUAAGGAGGAGGAGGCGAAGCUGAAGCGGGAGAUUGAGGAGGUGGGGCCGCAGUAG